AUGUACUCCCAGAACCAUCAGCAGGGCCACAACGCCCGGCUGAAUGGGGCGGGACGCGGGAUGCCCAGCCUGCUGUACAACUACCAGCAGCACCCGCAGCACCAGCACCCGUCCCAGCCCCAGCAACAUCAUGGCCUGCAGCACGACCACGGCAUGCCGAGCUCCAAUGGCCUCGGCCAUCACUCCUCCUUCGCCUCGGGCGUCAUGUCCGGCUCCAACGCGUUUGGCGGCGGCGGCAUGCCCAACGGACACUCAGCCGCGGCGCGUGGCGCGCAGGGCCCCCCUAAUGAAAUGUGGCAAGAGCAACUGCGGAUGCACAAGGAGGCCGAGCGCGCCCACUCGGCCAUGACUGACCAGCAACAGCCCCACUACUAUGCUCGCCUCAAGGCGUCAGAGAAUCGCGGCAUCGGAGGGCCGCCGCCCUCCACGGCCAAGACGCAGGCCGAUGGUGAGAAUGAGGCCGACGACCGGAGGCGGCCAUACAACCUGGAGCGCGAGGCGCGGCGGCAGGACUGGCACAACAUGGACAUGAGUGGCCAGGGCCUGCGCAACCUAGCCCUCGAGCUGUUUCGGUACCAGUUCCUGAGCGAGCUCUACAUCGCCUCCAACAAGCUCACGCGGCUACCCAAGGAGAUUGGGGAGCUGCGGCAGCUGCGGCACCUGGACGCCUCAUACAACCAGAUCUCGGAGCUCCCCCCGGAGCUCGGCAUGUGCACGUACCUCAAGCAGCUCCUGCUCUUCAACAACCAGAUAUCGGAGUUGCCCUAUGAGCUCGGGUCGCUACACCUGCUUGAUAUGCUCGGCAUCGAGGGGAACCCUUUGGAGCCUAACCUUAAGCAGGAGAUUAUGGAAAAGGGCACCAAGAGCAUCAUCAACGCCCUGCGAGAGGGAGCACCGAUGCCCCCGCCUCCGACACCGCGCAAGGAGAUUGUGAUCCAGGAGGACGUGUCGCCGAGCCUCGAGCGGGUCAAGGUUUUUUCGUGGAACGUGCUGUGCGACAAGUACGCGACGGCGUCGACGUACGGCUACACGCCGACGCGCGCCCUCAACUGGGACUACCGCAAGAGCUGCAUCCUAGAGGAGCUUCGGCUGCGAGACGCCGACUUUCUGGCGCUGCAGGAGGUUUCGACGGACGCAUUUAAGGAGGACCUCAGCCCCGCACUCGCCCAGAUGGACUAUAAGGGCGUGCACUGGCCCAAGUCUCGCGCGCGGACCAUGUCGGAGAAGGACGCGCUAACGGUCGACGGGUGCGCCAUGUUCUACAAGGGAAGCAAGUACAUCUUGCUCGACAAGCAACUUAUCGAGUUUGCGUCCAUCGCCAUCAACCGACCGGACAUGAAGAACCAGCACGACGUCUUCAACCGCGUCAUGCCCAAGGACAACAUCGCCAUCAUCUGCUUCCUCGAGUCGCGGCUGACGGGCGCUCGCCUGAUACUCGUCAACGUGCACCUUACGUGGGAUUCGGCGCUUGCGGACGUCAAGGUGAUCCAGACGGGCAUCCUUAUGGAGCACGUGACCAAGCUGGCCGAAAAGUACGCCCGCUGGCCUGCCGUCAAGGACAAGAAGAUGAUUACGGUGCCGGGCGGCGACGAGGGCGACCCGCCGCCGCCGCCGCAGGCAGAGCCCGGCCCGAGCCAGGAGUACCGGUCCAACACGGAGAUCCCCCUGCUCGUGUGCGGCGACUUCAACUCGACCGAGGACUCGUCCGUGUACGAGCUCAUGUCCAUGGGCCGGGUGCCGCCGGACCACCUCGAGCUCAGCAACUACCACUACGGCAGCUUCACGCGCGACGGCAUCGAGCACCCCUUUAGCCUGCGGGACGCGUACGCGCACAUCAAGGGCACGGCCGAGGAGCUGCCCUUUACCAACUACACGCCGGGCUUCGCCGACGUCAUCGACUACAUUUGGUACUCGACCAACACGCUCGAGGUGGUGGACGUCCUAGGCCCGCCCGACGCGGCGUACCUGAAGCGCAUGCCGGCCUUUCCCAACUGGCACUUCCCGGCCGAUCACAUCCAAAUCAUGGCCGAGUUCGUCAUCAAGGGUCGCAAGGAGAAGAAGCAGCAGCAGCAGCAGCAGCACGCGGAGCGCGAGUCUGGCAGCGGUUCCGGGACGCCGCGGGCUUAA